AUGUACACCAUGGCCAUGUUCAUGAACUCGUGGGCCACAGCAUGCCGGAGCGGAAUCCAGGAAGUAGUCCCGCCAAAUUUCGAGCUGCCAUCUCUAUUCCCGGUGAAAGAACCCGCACUCAUACAAUGGCCCACACUCCCCUUCAGAAAAAAAUUCGCACUGGCUAGACUCAAAUUCAGCGGCCAAGCCCUGUCGAGAAUGAAAGCCGCUUCCGAUGCUUCCGACUCAUCGGAUUCAAUAGCUAAUAACAGCCAAAGGUCACGGGUGGAAAUCGUGUCUGCGCUGAUAUGUAAGGCUCUUAUCACCGUUGAUCGCGUGACAAAAGGCCUGCUGAGGCCUUUUGUGUGUUCCACAGCUAUCAACUUGCGUGAAAGAGUACAAUUAAAGACGCCGAUGAACGCGUGCGGCAACUUCUUUGCUCAAAUCACCACUCCACUUGCUGUAGAAGAGACAGAGCCCUCUUUCAAUGGAAUACUGAAUCAGCUAGGCAACGCGCAUAGGAAUGCCAAAUUGAAGUACGCCGAUAGCAGACGCUGCUGGUGUAGAUUCCCGCUCUACGACAGUGAUUUUGGGUGGGGGAAGCCAGACAUGGUGAGCAACUCAAGCCCUCCUCUGAGGUCGGUUGGUCUUGUGGAUAGUCCAGUUGAUGGUGGAAUUGAUGCUUGGAUUACUCUAAACCAAGAUGAGAUGGCUCUCUUCAAACAAGAUCCUGACAUUGUGGAUUGUACUUCCUAG